AUGGGGAGAAGGCUAUGCCAGGCCACUGCUCCCUGCUCCCCGCCUCCUCCCUUCCAUCCUCUGCCCUUCGCCCAGCCUCUCAUCUGGGUCCUGCCUGGCCUCCCCUUUCAGCUUUGGGCCCUGACUUUGUCUUUCAGCUGCAAGGUCUGGCGCACGGAGGACGACACACGGAGCCUAAGAGAGGCCAGCUCUCUCACAUCAGCGGCUGGUGGUUUGGAGAACAUGGGGGCUGAGCUGUUGGAAAGCCUGGAGGAAGGCCGGGACCCUGGCAGGGACUCAAGCCCUGCAGAAGUCAGGGACAGCGGGAGCAAGGCUGGCCCGGAACCCUCCUCAGGGUGGAGGAGGAGCCUGCAGCCAGCCCUGAGGGUGAUCUUCUGCAGGGAGCAUGCACAGCUGCUUCGAUGGAUCUGCACAGGCCUGCUGUGUACUGCAUUUGCUGCCUUCCUGCUGAUGGCGUGCCUCCUGGAUUUCUAGAGGGCCCUGGCAUUGUUUGUCCUCACCUGUGUGGACCUCGUCUUCCUGGCCCACAGCCUGCUGAAGAGGCUGCUGGGGCCAAAGCUGCUGAGGUGUGUCAAGCCUCUGGGGCAUCCCGGCCUGAACCUCUGGUUUAAGAGGGACCCCUUUCUAGCCCUUGCUGCUUUCCUGGCCCUGAUCCUAUGGCUGGUUCUGGACACCUCUCAGCGGCCUGAGCAGCUGGUGUCCGGAGGAAUCUGCAUGUUCAUCAGCCUCCUCUUUGCCUUCUCCAAGCAUCACCGCGCAGUGCUUAGCCGUCAGGUGUCCUGGCAGGCUGUGUCCUGGGGUCUUGUACUACAGUUUGCACUUGGACUCUUCGUCAUCAGAACAGAACCAGGAUUUAUUGCAUUUCAGUGGCUGGGCGACCAGAUCCAGAUCUUCCUGAGCUACAGGUCCAGCUUCUUGUCUGGGGAGGCUCUGGUCAAGGAUGCCUUUGCAUUUCAGGUUUUGCCCAUCAUUGUUUUCUUCAUCUGUGCCAUGUCCGUUCUCUACUAUGUGAGCCUCAUGCAGUGGGUGAUCCUGAAGAUCUCCUGGCUGAUGCAGGCCACCAUGGGCCCCAUGGCCACGAAGACCCUGAGUGUGGCUUGGAACAUCUUUGUGAGCCAGACUGAGGCUCCUCUACUGAUCCGGCCCUACUUGGCAGACAUGACACUCUCUGAAAUCCACGUUGUCAUGACCAGAGGCUACGCCACCAUUGCCGGCAGCCUGCUGGACGCCUACAUCUCCUUUGGGAUCGAUGCUGCCUCCUUAAUUGCUGCCUCUGUGAAGGCUGCCCCUUGUGCCUUAGCCCUCUACACGGAGGUGGAGGAGUCCAAGUUCAGGGGUGAGGAAGGAGUGAAACUGACCUACAGAGAUGCUCAAAACCUCUUAGAAGCAGCUAGCAGUGGGGCUGCGAUGUCCGUGAGGGUCGUGACCAACAUCGCAGCCAACCUGAUUGCUUUCCUGGCUGUGCUGGACUUCAUCAAUGCUGCCCUCUCCUGGCUGGGAGACGUGAUGGACGUCCAGGGGCUCAGCUUCCAGGUACAGCUCAUCUGCUCCUACAUCCUGUGGUCAGUGGCCUUCUUGAUGGGAGUGGCCUGGGAGGGCUGCCCGGUGGUGGCUGAGCUGCUGGGAAUGAAGCUGUUUCUGAACGACGGGCGCCGAGGAGUGGGCCGGUUCCAGGAAGCAGUGGAUCUCUGUGAGUGUCCCUGUCCCCUCCCUGGGGCAGGGCGUGAUGCAGCGGCUCCCCUGUGGGCCCGGCUGAGACACACUGAGGGGCUGCUCAACCUCCCACAUCCCAUUGCCCUGGGCAACAAGACAGCUUCAGAGGCCAUCUUUCUCAAGCCCUCUCUUCACUGGGCCACCAUCCUGCUCUUUGGGCAUGACAGCACCUCAAAGGACCUCAGCCUGAGCACAUUCUCCGUAAACAAAGGUCAGAGCAGAAAUACGACGUUUGCCCUCUGUGGAUUUGCCAACUUCAGCACCAUUGGGAUCAUGCUGGGAGGCCUGACCUCCAUGGCCCCCCAGCAGAAGAGCAACUUCUCCCAGAUCAUGCUCCGGGUGCUCUGCACGGGGGCCUGUGUGUCUCUGGUGAAUGCCUGCGUGGCAGGGAUCCUGUACAUGCGGGGGGCUGAGGUCGACUGUGUGUCCUUCCUGAACACGACCCUCAGCAGCAGCAGUUUUGAGGUGUACCAGUGCUGCCGCCAGGCCUUCCAGAGCACGGACACGGAGUUCACCCUAGAGGCCCUGGACAACUGCUGUUGAUUUUAUAAUCACACGAUCUGUGCAUAGCGGGGACAGAACAUCUCUAUGCCUUCUGGAGUCUCUUCUUCCCCAGGAAGCAGCUGUCCCCAUCUCUCUCUCUCCAGGCACACCCCCUUGGGGAAGCCGCAGGGCUUAGACCCACCU